AAAUUCUUUGGACUUGACUAUUUGUGUUUUUACGAGCGUUUUUCUGAUGAUUCUUCAGUUUAUGCUUUGGUAACUUCACUGCAUUGUUCGUUAUUUUACUACUUGGAUUUAUGCUUAGGAGGGGACUCAUUAAGAUUUUACUCGCUAAAUUGCAGUUGCUGGAGCGCCGUCCCUCUCUAAAAGGCAACACAUCUUGAAGAUACAUUUUCCUGACCUAAGCUGGGUCUUUUCUCAGCUGGCUCUUGCAUUGACUUGUCCUGUGAAAAAGAGUAUAGUUUCAACCACAUUCUUGCCUGCAUUCUCUUCAUGUUGAUGUCUGUUCGUGCCUGCCAUUCUGCUGGUACUUGGCUGAAAGUAUAAAGUUGCCAAGGUACUCCAUUGUCUGCGUCUAGCACUUUGAAGUAAGGAUAAAGUAUGACGAGUGAGUCAAGAUUGGAACGACUUCCUUCAAUCUCAUCUUGCUUUCCGGAAAGGUUCUCUGGCCUAAACUUUGAUGAGAGCUCAAAUAACUCCACAGUAUGCCAUCCUUCAGCAAUUCUCCAUCCAUUGCCACCUGUCCCACUUCCACAUGUCCCAGUGGAUAAACAUCUUAUAGUUGAACAGCCAGGGGUGCCAAAAACAUGUUCUAAAAAUUCAGCACCUGCAUUUUCAAGUUUUCUAGUGCAACAGCAUGCUUCAACAAAUGAUCAUGUCAUUGGAUCUGCUCAAGAUGAUAAAACAUCAAGAAGUCCCCUUCCUACCCCGCUACUAUCAGUACAUAAUUUUCAUAUUGAACGCCCCGUGCCACCCGACAUGUCUCCAAAAAGUUCAGAAUCACCACUUUCAAUCUGGCCUUCACGACAACACGCUAAGACAAAUUUCAGAGAUCAAAUCAAUUGUUCUGCUCCGGCACCGACUACCCAAGAUGAGAAGAUAUCAAGAAGCUCCCUUCCUACUCCUCCAUUUCCAAUACCCAGUUUUCUUAGAAAUGGAAGUGUGAAACAACUUACUUUGUAUGCACCUUUAUACCAAUCUGCUAUGAAAGGUGACUGGGAGAUGGCAAAGAACUUCUUAAGAUCACAUCCGGGUGCAAUAAAUGUUAGGAUUACGAAGGCAAUGGAUACAGUUCUUCAUAUUGCAGCUGGAGCCAAGCGGACAAAGUUUGUACAAGAAGUGGUCAAAUCGAUGAGUGUAACAGAUUUAGCGUUAAGGAAUUCAUCUGGUCAUACAGCACUUUGUUUUGCUGCUGCAUCAGGAGUCACUGAAAUUGCCAAAGUGAUGGUGAACAAGAACAAAAGUCUCCCUGGGAUCAGGGGCAAUAAGGGAGUGACACCUCUCUAUGUUGCUGCACUGUUUGGACAUCGAGAAAUGGUGCAUUAUCUCAAUCAUGUGACCAGAGAUGAAGAUUUGACACAAGAAGAUUUAAUCGGAUUGCUUAUUGCCACUAUCAAGACUGAUCUGUUUGAUAUGGCUCUAAGCAUAAUUCAGAAGUAUCCAGAAUUAGCUGUUAUCGGAGACUCAAAUGGGGAGACAGUUCUUCAUGUUUUAGCCCGGAAGCCAUCAGCAUUUUCCAGCAAAAGUGGGUUAGGGUUCUGGCAGACUUUUGUUUAUCAAUGGACAUAUGUGGAACCGGUGGUUAAGUCUAUCUGCCCAAGCACAUAUGGGAACCAUACUUUCAAAAUCAAUCAAGUGUUUCUUCAUUCAAUCGGAAAACUUCUCCUCACAUUACAAUUAAUAGUCCCAGGGAUCGAGGCAGUUUAUGACAAGAAGCGUUUACAUGCAGAAGCACUUGCAUUACUAAAGCUGGUUUGGGAACAAGUUUUGCAGCUUGAUGGCAAAAAACUUACUGACUUACUCAAAAGCCCUUCAGAUCCAUUAUUUAUUGCAGCAGAGUUUGGAAUUGCAGAAUUUGUCACUGAGAUUAUUCAUUCUUACCCUGAUUUAAUAUGGAAAGUUGAUAAGCAUAAU